AUGAAGACCUCUUCGCACUCCCCCAUGGAUUACCUCACGGUGCCCACCUUGCCCUCUGUGCCUCAGAUGGAGAAACCGAUAGUCAAGGAGGAGCCGAUGCUAACCCAGUCCUCAAGCGCUGGAACCCCUAUGGCUUCUGUGGCCAGCCAGGUGCCCGGGAGCAUCCUCUCCCAGGCCACCCAAGAGCCUUCCACAAUCAUAGGUGCCACCUCCUUCAUGAACAAGGCCAAAGAGCUGAAAAGAUAUAGCAAGAAUAAGAUGAAGCAAGGCAACAAAACCUUGUAUCCCACACAGAGGGCCAAAGGUACAGCAAAGUCCACCCGGCACCGUCACAAGCGAAAGUACCGACACAUAACUCUGAAAGAGUUGAUGGCUCGCUCCUGGCAAAAGAUCCACCCGCAUCUUAUCAAGUUGAGGAAGAUCAUCUAUGACUUGACCCAGUCAUUCUACUUCGACUUCUUCGUCUGCUCAGUGGUUGCCAUCAACACCAUCUUGCUGGUGGCGCAGACGUUCGCUGUGGUCGAAAUCCGGGGAGAGUGGUUCUUUUCCGCCAUGGAUCCUGCCUUCCUUUCUGUCUAUGUGGUAGAGGCCAUCCUCAAGAUAACUGCGUUAGGAUGCGACUACUUCCGUGAUCCUUGGAAUGACAUUGAUUUCUUCAUUAUGAUCAUGACGGUGCUGGAUUUUGUGCUCCCCCUGUUUAUCUCCUCCAGGCAGGGCAACCGGGGCAAUACGGUUACGCUCUUCCGGGUCCUCAAAAUCUGCAAGGCCAUCCGCGCCAUCCGCGCCAUCCGUUUUCUGCUCACCCUCCGCGUGAUGGAGAACCUUCAAGAAGUCACAAGCACUUUUAUGCUUUCCUGCCAGUCCAUUGGUGCCAUCAUUCUCCUCAUGUUCUCUUUCCUCUUCAUGUCUUCUGUGGUGUUGCGUGACAUGUUCCACGAUGCCGACGAGAAGCACUUUGGAGAUCUCUUCAACACCAUCUUCACCCUUUUCCAGCUUUUCACUUUGGAUGACUGGUCCCUCAUCUACCUGACUUGUUACGAUGCAGGUGCCUGGUACAUCAUCAUCUUUCUUAUCAUCUACAUCCUUGUGGAAUACUUCUUGCUUCUCAACUUGGUGAUUGCGGUCCUGGUCGAUAAUUUCCAGAUGGCUCUGCUUAAGCGCCAAGAGCUCAAGAGGCAGAAGUGGAUCGAACUGAAGGACAGCGGUGUAGAAGAGGAUGCCACUGGCAAGCUAACAGAAAAGCCCAAUGUGAAAGACGAACAGGAUGAGGAAUUCUUCCGGCGGAUGGUCAUGGAAAAAUAUGGCAGCCUCGAGUUGAUUGACAGAGAGUGGCAGCUUUUCUAUUCCUACUUUCGACUGAUGACAGCAAUUGAGACAAACCAGCAGCAAUUCCUGUCUCAGACGUCUACCACCGACAAGAUCUUGGACACUUUCUUUGAGACAGCUGAAGAUGAUUACCCUAUCAAAUGAAGAACAGAAAGAUGUUUCGUAGUGCUUGCAGGCUGGACUUCAUCUGCUCCCAGCGGCUGGUAGUUAGGGUCAUUGUGUCU